CUCUAUUCAGUCAAUCAUUUUCACAAGACACAUUACAUUAUUAAUUAAUGAUUAAAUAAAUCGGCUAACAGCAACGGCUACUUGUUCAGCGCAUGCUCAGUCCCGCGCACAGAAGACAACCAAUCCUGUGCGAGCAACAGCACAGUCAUAUUUGCAUCGAGUGCAUACAAAUUGAACGUUCGGCGGUGCGUCAGUAUGUUCUAUUAGUGAAACUCCUAGAACUAAUCAUGCCUGAGCCCAGCGUCAAAGCGCCCAAGAAGGGCUCCAAGAAAGCCGUCUCUAAGGCCGUCAGCAAGACCGGCAAGAAGAGGAGAAAGACCAGGAAGGAGAGCUACGCCAUCUACGUGUACAAGGUGCUGAAACAGGUCCACCCCGACACCGGUAUCUCCUCCAAGGCCAUGGGCAUCAUGAACUCGUUUGUGAGCGACAUCUUUGAGCGCAUCGCCGGUGAGGCCUCCCGUCUGGCCCACUACAACAAGCGCUCCACCAUCACUUCCAGGGAGAUCCAGACCGCCGUGAGGCUGCUGCUGCCCGGGGAGCUGGCCAAGCACGCCGUGUCUGAGGGCACCAAGGCCGUCACCAAGUACACCAGCUCCAAGUAAACCAUCCCGCUGCUCUAAUCCACUAAACCAACGGCUCUUUUAAGAGCCACC